GCGCACCUGACAUUCGAAGAGUAUAGCACAGUAUUAGCGCAAAUAGAAGCUGUUUUAAACUCUCGACCUUUGUCCCCUCUUUCCUCUGAUCCACAGGAUUUUUCACCGCUUACUCCAAGCCAUUUCCUGAUUGGUCGACCACUUACUGCUCCAGUCUGCGAUGACGUACGCGAUGUACCAAUUAACCGUCUACAGCGAUACCAGAGGUUGGAACUACUUCGUCAACAGUUUUGGAAUCGAUGGACUAAAGAAUAUAUUUCUGAGCUGCAGGUGCGAGCGAAGUGGACCGUCAAUAAAGAUGAGUUGAAGCCCAAUUCGUUAGUGGUGAUAAAGGACAACAAUCUUCCUCCGCUGAAGUGGCGCUUGGGACGUGUGGUUCGCACAAUGCCAGGUUCAGACGGCAUUUCCCGAGUGGCUGACAUACGGACGGCAGCGGGUGGGGUGAGACGCACCUUUUCGAAAAUUUGUCCUCUCUUCCAAGAUGUGGAUGAAACGCAAGAACAUUGAAAGCCACUGCUUCCAAGGCCGGGGGCAUGUUCGAGAUCGUACUCGUACCUAUUAGUGAUGGACGCGUAGGGGACGAUGAUAUGCAAAUUUUCAGUAACGCGAUUGGUCGUCCAUAUUGUUCCCCUUACCCCCCAAUCCUCGAUUCGUGUAACACACACCAUUUCAUUCAUGUAAAAAAGUUUGAACAAUAAACACCUAACAUUAUAACGAGAAAAAAUACGCCACAGACAAAACAGUUUUAUUUCUCAAAAACCUGAAUUCACCAAGCCUCUCAACCA